AUGAACCUCCGGCCUAGUGGAUUGAUUGGGAGGAUCAGUAAAAUCUUGCUGGCUGGUGACUCUUCAGUCUUCACCCCCAGCAUUGUGUUUGUUGCUGUGCUGUUGGAGGGUCUAAUUCUCAUGGAGUUCAAAAGUUCCCUCCGAGACUCCAAUCUGCAAAGCUGGAAUUAUUUGGAUUUUGAUCCUUGCAACUGGGCUAAUUAUAAUUUUGGAGAAGUCCAAGAGGAAAUUGGAAAUAUUACUUCAAUUGAGGGGCUUGUGGUUUACAGUAACAAUCUUACUGGAAUAAUUCCAUCAUCCAUUGGCAGAUUGAGAAGGGUUAAGAUCUUAAGGGCAGGUAACAACAAUUUUUCAGGUCAAAUUCCUGCAGAAAUCAGUAUGAAUGAGAGUUUGGAAUUCCUUGGACCAGCUUGA